AUGCCAGGCCUGUGGAGAGCAAUCGCCCUGGAGACCCUUCUGGGCUAUGUCUCUUGGUCUCUCUAUCACGGACUGGGACCCAUGAUCUAUUACUUCCCCCUGCAAACACUGGAGCUCACGGGGCUGGAAUUGUUUGGUGUGGCCUUUCUCUCCCCGAUACUCUUAAUAAUUCCUCCAUUCUGGAAACUCGUUCAUCAGAAGUGGACACUCUCUCUGCUGAGGAUCGUCACUGUCGGCAGCAUAGCCUCCUUUGAGGCUCCGAAUGCCAAGUUUCGGUUGGUGGUCCUGGCACUUGGCGUGUCUUCUUCACUGAUAGUGCAAACUGUGAGCUGGUGGUCAGGAAGUGGAUUGCAAAGGUACCUCAAAAUCUGGGGAUUCAUUUUGGGACACAUGCUUCUUGUUGUCCUCCGCAUAUGGUACACAUCAUUAAACCCGAUUUGGAGUUAUCAGAUGCCCAACAGAGUGAUAUUGGCAUUGAGUGCCAUAGCUGUGUUUGAAGGCAUUGGCACAGAUGUUGACUACACCAACUCUGAGGGGAAGAAGCCCAGUGAGGUCACCAAGGGCAUGGCCUCUCGAUCUAGCUGGCUGUUGCCAGGUGCUGCCUUCGGGAGCCUCAUGUUCCUCACUCACUGGAUCUUUGGAGAGGUCUCUAUUGUUUCCAGAUGGGCAGUGAGUGGUCAUCCUCAUCCAGGUCCUGAUCCUAACCCAUUUGGAGGCGUGGUUCUGCUGGGCUUGGCAGGUGGGUUGAUGCUUUCAGGCUCAUCAUGGCUUCGUGAUGCUGGCUUAGCCUGGUGGGCAACAGGAGCAGCUUCGGCCGUGGGUCUCCUUUACCUAUGCACAUGGGCAGCAGCUGUUUCUGGAUGUGGACUGGCAGUCUUCACGGGGUCUAUGUGGCCUCAAGUACUUGGACAUCUUGUGAACUCAGGGACAAACCCUGGGGAAACCAUGGCCACUGGCAUGGCUGUUUAUCUUUUAGAGACAUUUUUCUGUGCCUGGUGCACAGCUUUUAAGUUUGUUCCUGGAGGUGUCUACGCUAGAGAAAGAUCUGAUGUGCUUUUGGGUGAGUACCUGUUAAUAGAUCCAAUUAAAGGAACAGAUACAACAAGUCCAAGCUAUGACUUCGGAGGCUCAGGUCUUCAGGUCCCUCCGGCCAAGCCAUCCACCCGUUUUCCACGCUCUAUCGAGCUGCUGUCCAUAGCUGAUGAAGGCUCUGGCCUACCACCCCGCCUGUGGAGUCUGGAAAGUUCACAUAAAGCCCAAAAGCUUCAAGGAGGCAAUCAGGCCCUAACGCUCCAGGGUCCCUUCGUUAUACGGGAGUUCCUGACCCUGUCCUUCCAUAAGCGAAGGCACUUAGCGUCGGGCUUGUGCCUGGUCCGCGUGGCGUGUCCCGGUCGCGGCGAGCCGGCUCCCGCCCGCCGCGGCCGCGCUGCCAAGGCGGGUGCCCUGCCCCGCGCCCCAAGCCCGGCCGGGGUCCCUACCUCGGGACCCUGGCUCUUUCCCGGCUCUGGAAAGGUGGAGCACUCCCCGCAAAAGAAGCUGCCACCUGAACUGCGGGAGGAGGGUCGAAGGGAGGGGGCAGGAAGGGCCCUGCCCACCGCCGCUGCGAAUUCCCCCUGCUCUCUCUCACCUCUGGUCCCUUCUGGGUCACCCUUCCCGUACUGCAGGAACUGGGGCCGGUACUUCUUCCUGUUCUCUUCCAAGCUGUCCCCAGGGGCAGACUUUAUUACCAUUCUGGAGAGCGAUGCUUCUAAGCCCUACAUGGGGAACAAUGACUUAACCAUGUGGCUGGGGGAGAAGCUGGGCUUCUAUACCGACUUUGGGCCAAGCACCAGGGAUCACACUUGGGGGAUUAUGGUGCUGUCCAGGUACCCAAUUGUGAGAUCGGAGCAUCACCUUCUUCCGUCGCCAGAGGGCGAGAUUGCACCAGCCAUAUCUCUGACCGUUAACAUCUCCAACAAACUGGUGGACUUUGUGGUAACACAUUUUGGCAAUCACGAAGAUGACCUUGACCGGAAGUUACAGGCUAUUGCAGUUUCAAAACUAUUGAAAAAUUCCUCAAACCAAUUGAUAUUUCUUGGCUAUAUCACUUCAGAACCUGGUUCCAGAGAUUACCUACAACUCACAGAACAUGGCAACGUGAAGGAUAUUGACAGCUCAGAUCGAGACAGAUGGUGUGAAUACAUCAUGUACCGUGGCUUGAUCAGGUUGGGUUAUGCAAGAAUUUCUCAUGCAGAACUGAGUGACUCUGAGAUUCAGAUGGCCAAGUUCAGGAUCCCCGAUGAUCCUGCCAAUUACAGAGACAACCAGAGAGUAGUCAUAGACCACAGAGGACUUCCCAAGAACGUUCAUUUCAACCCCAGAUUUGGCUCCUACAAAGAAGGGCACAAUUAUGAAAACAACCAUCGUUUUCACAUGAAUACACCCAAAUACUUCGUUUGA